ACCAUAUAUUUUUGGUUGCAGAUUUUGCUGAUUCACGAAUGACAGAAUGCGAAAGUGUUUGGUUACAUGAAGGGAAUGAAGCCACUCCUGUUCUUAGCUUUGAUCCUCUUUUCCAAGCAAAAGGGUGUCAUUUUCAGGCAGGACAGAGCAGGAGACAUUGAUUUGAACCACAAUUGUAGCCAUUGUUUUUCUUGUCCUUGAAGAGUGAGUGCAUUGCACCACAUGUCCUCAUAUCCUAUUGGCAACUAGCUAGUUCUCUUUCUGCCUAUAAAAAGAGGGUAACUAGAAGAUUUUGAAGCAAGAUCAAGGUUUCUCAGUAAUACCAUAAAUUCAAGUAAGAUGGCUGUGUCACCAAGCAAACGCUUCCUUCUGGUUGCUUUUCUCUUGCUUUGCUUCCUUUCUAUUAAUGCUACAGCCAGAAUUUUAAGAGAGACUAAGGGUGAAUUAGCUCCAGUUUCGACCGAGAAGAGCCAUGAAAAUCAAUUUAUGCCAAACCAAGGAGGGGAACAAGAUAUUGGUGACUUGGCUACAAUGGACUACACUCCUGCAAAAAAGAAUCCUCCAAUUCAUAAUUAAUUCUUAGCUUUUUUUUAUUUUCAUUUUUGUUAGAAAAAGCACUGGAUGGUGCUUUUUCUGGAAUUCUGGACUUCGAAACUAGGAAGUUCCACACGUGCUAGCUGCAGCGCGCAUAAUCAUAUAUAAAUUUAGAAAUUUAGUUAGAACUUAUAUGUAAAUAGUUUUUGAGCUAAGCGAAUGUUAGGGGGCAUAUUAUUACUGAGAAGAGUUUAUAGAAUUUGUAGACAUAUAUAUGUGCCAGUCACAAAGAAACAGAUGAAUAAUAUAUAUUUAUCCCUAUCAUAUA